AAUAUACUAAACCACACCCCUUCAUUCACAAGAUCUCCACCAUUGCCCCCUACUUAUUUUCUUUUUCUUCAUUUCACACACACAAAACAACAUUUUCUCAUUUCCCUCUGUUUCGGUACUAUUUAUCAAUUUUGAUUCUCUCGAGCGCCAGCCUCACCCCCUUUCCCCUCCAGUAAUCCGACACCCUUCUUACUGGACUUGGCACUGCGGUGAGCACAAGGGCAAAUUAUUGUUCAAACAAUUGAUUGAAUUUAGAUGUGGAUUCAUUACGUUCCGCUAUUUUGGUUGAUAUUUCGAAAUUGAGGUUUCUGAUUAUCUGUAUAAUGGACUCGAUUUGGGCGAACAAUGGUGCCCCCGCCGUUUCUCAUUUGUUCUAUGCCAUUUUCUUCGCUUUUGGUUUCGUCAUCGUCAGAUUGUUCCUUGACAGAUUCAUCUUUCGGAGGCUAGCCGUUUUGUUGCUGCGCCUGGGAACAACCCAUCUCAGGAACGAUGAGGCUACGAGAGGAAAAAUUGUUAAAUGCUCUGAAUCCAUGUGGAAAUUUGCUUAUUAUGCAACUAUUGAGUUUUGUGUCCUAAAAGUUGCUUAUCAUGAGCCAUGGUUCCUAGAUGUGAAGGGAUAUUUCAGUGGCUGGCCAAAUCAAGAACUAACGGCUGGAAUUAAGCUUAUCUAUAUGUGCCAAUGUGGGUUCUACCUCUAUUCUAUUGCUGCCCUUGUUGUUUGGGAAACGCGACGGAAAGACUUUGCUGUUAUGAUGUCUCAUCACAUAGUUACAGUUUUUCUGAUUUCAUCCUCAUAUAUUUUAAGCUUCUUUCGGAUUGGGAUAGUUAUUCUUGCACUACAUGAUGGAAGUGAUGUCUUUCUUGAGGCUGCCAAAGUUUUUAAAUAUUCAGAGAAGGAGCUUGGAGCUAGUGUACUAUUUGGUUGUUUUGCCGUCUCCUGGUUUCCACUGAGGCUGGUUUUCUUCCCAUUUUGGGUCAUAAGAUCCUCAAGCUAUUAUCUGUGUGAGGUUUUGAAUUUGUCAGAGGCAUAUGAUACAAUGAUAUACUACUUCUUUAACACAAUGCUCUUGACCCUGCUUGUGUUCCACAUUUAUUGGUGGAUUCUCAUAUAUUCAAUGAUCAUGAAACAAUUGAGAAAUAGAGGGCAAGUUGGGGAAGACAUAAGAUCUGAUUCGGAAGAUGACGACUAAUUUAAUUGAAGAUGAUGACUAAUGUGAUUGAAGGCUACACUCAGAUUCUUCAGCAGAGCAGAAAUCGUGGUUGUAGGAUUGCCUCUGCAUAUGAUGAUCCUUUUCCCCAAAUAGACUUAGCUUGACUUCUUCUACGCUUUUAUAAUCAACUAUACAAUUUUUUGGGUUUGAUCAUUUUAUAGUAAUAGAUCUUGAUAGCAUUUGAUGUGGGGACAUUUAUCAGUUUAACUUGUCAUUACAUUUUUGGUGUACAAAAUAAUAGGCAUCUCCUUGUAUAAUUGUUUCCCAUAUUUAAAACGAUUUAAGCAAACCAUAUUCACUUGGUCUA